AUGUCCUUCACCGUCGUACUUCUCAUCACCAAAAAGCCAUCUCUAUCUCUUUACUCGUCAUCUAUUUCUCCUUCUAUACUCAAAAUGAAGAACAAGUUCAUAAAGUCCUGCGAAAACAAACUCAAAACCAUGAAGAGUAAAUCCAUAGUCAUACCUUGUUGUACAUCUUCAUGUUCGAGUUGCUGCGAGAAGCUUUGUUGGGGAUUCAAGAAGGAAAAUGAAGUGAUACCAAAAGAUGUUCCGAGGGGGCAUUUGGUAGUGUAUGUUGGUGAUGAUUACAAGAGGUUUGUGAUAAAGAUGAGUUUGCUUACACAUCCCAUCUUUAAAGCAUUGCUUGAUCAAGCUCAAGAUGCUUAUGACUCAUCAAGACUAUGGAUCCCAUGUGAUGAGAACACUUUCCUAGACGUUGUUCGUUGCAGUGGCGCUCCUCAGCAUCAGAGAAACUGCAUUGGCAUGUAA